UCGCGUCCUCCAGCCAAUCCGCCGCUACUCGCGAGCCUAGGAGCGUUCCUCUGGCCUACUCGGGCUGGGCCGCCUCCUUCCCGCUCCCAGUACUCUGCAACCCGAGAUCUCACACCUCCCCUCACUCUCCACGAGUUCCACGCCUCGCGGUGUGGCUCCGCCCCUGUCCCCGAGUCCGCCCCCGCAACCUUCCGAGCGUGUGCACUCCUUUCCCUUCACUCUCCUGUUAUCUAGCCGGUCUGGGUCUCGCGCUCCGCAGGACGGUGUGGGUCACAGCGGCCUCGCUCGGACGCCUCCGCGCGCUCUCCUCCUGCGGCCCCCUCCCGGCCCCCCCUCCCGCAGCUAGCAGCCUCCGACCUGGACGCGGGGUCGCGCGCCCUGACUCCGCCCCCCCCACCGCGGACUCGCGCACUCCCGGCCGGGCCUCUCCCCUGCGCAGGCCGCGGAGCGCCUGGCCGCCUCCCCCUCCUUGCCCGGUCGCCGCGAGCUCCCCGGGCGCUCUCGCUCUCGCGCUCUCCGAGGCGAGCGCGCUCCCGGCCCGCGCGCUCCGGGCUCCGGCUUCUCCCGGCUCCUGUCAGUGCGGUGACUGCGCUGGGAAACAUGGCGACCGAGGGAAUGAUUCUCACUAACCACGACCAUCAAAUCCGUGUCGGAGUCCUCACAGUGAGUGAUAGUUGCUUCAGGAAUCUCGCAGAAGAUCGCAGUGGGAUAAAUCUCAAAGACCUUGUACAGGAUCCUUCUUUGUUGGGUGGGACUAUAUCAGCAUACAAGAUAGUACCAGAUGAAAUAGAAGAAAUCAAGGAAACCCUGAUAGAUUGGUGUGAUGAAAAGGAACUUAAUUUGAUAUUAACAACUGGAGGAACAGGGUUUGCACCACGAGAUGUCACUCCAGAGAAAUUCCCAACAUUCCCAUUUUGUGGGCUCCAGAAAGGGGCCACAAAAGAAGUAAUAGAACGGGAAGCGCCAGGGAUGGCCCUGGCAAUGCUGAUGGGAUCACUUAAUGUUACACCUCUGGGCAUGCUCUCUAGGCCUGUAUGUGGAAUCAGAGGUAAAACUCUCAUAAUUAACCUGCCAGGUAGCAAGAAAGGAUCUCAGGAAUGCUUUCAGUUUAUACUGCCAGCUCUACCUCAUGCCAUUGACCUUUUACGUGAUGCCAUUGUAAAAGUAAAGGAAGUGCAUGAUGAACUUGAAGAUUUACCUUCCCCACCACCUCCUCUUUCCCCUCCUCCCACAACUAGCCCCCAUAAACAGACAGAAGACAAAGGGGUUCAAUGUGAAGAAGAGGAAGAAGAGAAGAAAGAUAGUGGUGUUGCUUCAACAGAGGAUAGUUCUUCGUCACAUAUAACUGCAGCAGCCAUUGCUGCCAAGAAGUAUCCAUUCUACACCAGUCCAGCUGUUAUCAUGGCACACGGUGAGCAGCCCAUUCCUGGUCUCAUCAAUUAUUCCCACCAUGCAACAGACAGUGCAGAUGAACGGAUUCCAGACUCCAUCAUUUCUCGUGGCGUUCAGGUGCUCCCACGAGACACAGCCUCCCUCAGCACUACUCCUUCAGAAUCGCCUCGUGCUCAGGCCACAUCUCGCCUUUCUACAGCUUCCUGCCCAACACCAAAACAAAUUAGACGGCCGGAUGAAAGCAAAGGAGUUGCUAGUAGAGUUGGAUCCCUCAAACUCCAUCGAAAGCUGGAGGAGCUCAGAGAUCACCUAGAAGGCAAUGUGAAAGGAUACUCUCUCAGAGUAAAUGUCCAGUCCAGGUGCAGCAGCAAGGAGAACAUUCUCAGAGCCAGUCACAGUGCUGUCGAUAUCACCAAGGUGGCUAGAAGACACCGCAUGUCUCCUUUUCCUCUAACAUCUAUGGACAAAGCCUUCAUCACGGUCCUGGAGAUGACUCCGGUGCUUGGGACAGAAAUCAUCAACUACCGAGAUGGAAUGGGGCGAGUCCUUGCUCAAGAUGUAUAUGCAAAAGACAACCUACCCCCCUUUCCAGCAUCAGUAAAAGAUGGCUAUGCUGUCCGAGCUGCCGACGGCCCAGGAGAUCGUUUCAUCAUUGGGGAAUCCCAAGCUGGUGAACAGCCGACUCAGACGGUAAUGCCUGGACAGGUCAUGCGGGUUACAACAGGUGCUCCAAUCCCCUGCGGUGCUGACGCAGUAGUACAAGUAGAAGACACCGAACUAAUCAGGGAAUCCGAUGAUGUACGUCAUCUCCAGGGGACUGAGGAACUUGAAGUAAGAAUUCUGGUGCAAGCCCGGCCAGGCCAAGAUAUCAGACCCAUCGGCCAUGACAUUAAAAGAGGGGAAUGCGUUUUGGCCAAAGGAACCCAUAUGGGCCCCUCAGAGAUUGGUCUUCUGGCAACUGUAGGUGUCACAGAGGUUGAAGUUAAUAAGUUUCCAGUUGUUGCAGUCAUGUCAACAGGGAAUGAGCUGCUAAAUCCUGAAGAUGACCUCUUACCAGGAAAGAUUCGAGACAGCAAUCGGUCAACCCUCUUAGCAACAAUUCAGGAACAUGGUUACCCCACAAUCAACUUGGGAAUUGUGGGAGACAACCCAGAUGACUUACUCAAUGCCUUGAAUGAGGGUAUCAGUCGUGCUGAUGUCAUCAUCACAUCAGGGGGUGUAUCCAUGGGGGAAAAGGACUAUCUCAAGCAGGUGCUGGACAUUGAUCUUCAUGCUCAGAUCCAUUUUGGCAGAGUUUUUAUGAAACCAGGCCUGCCAACUACAUUUGCAACUUUGGAUAUUGAUGGUGUAAGAAAAAUAAUUUUUGCACUACCAGGGAACCCUGUGUCAGCCGUGGUCACCUGCAACCUCUUCGUUGUGCCUGCACUGAGAAAGAUGCAGGGCAUCUUGGAUCCUCGGCCAACCAUCAUCAAAGCCAGGUUAUCAUGUGAUGUAAAACUGGACCCUCGCCCAGAAUACCAUCGCUGUAUAUUGACUUGGCAUCACCAAGAACCACUGCCUUGGGCACAGAGCACAGGUAAUCAAAUGAGCAGCCGUCUGAUGAGCAUGCGCAGCGCCAAUGGAUUAUUGAUGCUACCUCCAAAGACAGAGCAGUAUGUGGAGCUCCACAAGGGCGAGGUGGUGGAUGUCAUGGUCAUUGGACGGCUAUGAUGGUCACCAGAGGGAGAAAGCUUUGAUGCAUGUCCACAUAUCAUUGACUGUAUCCUGUAAUAUGCAACGGCACAGCUAGUUUUUCUGAUUUGGAUAAAAGUUGAUCUGUAUAGUCAACAUCUUGAACUAUAUUUCAAAAGAAUUUAAAUACCUUUUAAAGAAAAAAAAACACCUAAAAAUAAAUCUUAACAGACAACUCUAUUCUGAUUAUAUCAAAGCAAAUUUUUUCUUUCUUGCAAAUUGCUUUGUGUGUUCAAUGCUAGGUCUAAUAGCGAUAGCUUUUCGUAGACAGCAGUAGGUGCCUGCAGAACUUGUGUUUUUCUCAUCUUUAAAAUACAACUAAUUAUGCUCUUAAUCAAGGCUGUCUGCUUAUUUAUACUAGCGUAAGCAACACUUGGAUUUCCCUUCUUAGUAUGCUUCAUAACCGCUUUUCAGAGAGCUUUUGCUUGUUCUUUAUCACGUAUCUCGUGUUUAUGUGCACAGUGCCAAAAGAAGAGUGACCGGGUGGAGGCCCGGCCCUGCCGCGGGGAGCAGCCUCUCCUGCAGAGCACCCGGGAGGCGCCUCACCCCGGUAGCCUCAUGGCACAGUACUCGGGGGCGGUAACUGGAUACCUUUUAUUUGAAUAAACAAACUGGGGGGAAAAUGCUUCCUUAAGUGCUGACAGCCUUUUUAACCAAUACAUUUAAAAUUGUACAGAACAAAAAAUAAAAUCAAAGACUGAUCUUGUACAGAUAUUAGUGUUACCAGCAUUCAUGUGGAAAUCAAGAGCAAAGAAAAAAUAAUGUUAACUCUGUACCAUAACAUUUUCUGUAAUGAUACUGAAACUUAAUGAAUAAAAAAAAAUCCUUGAUCAUUAUUUAAAAAUC